AUGGCUGACAGGCUCUACCAGAAAAUCCGGACGAUCGAGCUGGAUGGCAAGACUGUAAAACUUCAGAUCUGGGAUACCGCAGGGCAAGAACGAUUCCGAACCAUCACAUCCUCCUACUACCGCGGAGCACAUGGCAUCUGCGUUGUCUACGAUGUGACAGAUAUGGAUUCAUUCAACAACGUCAAGCAAUGGCUUCAAGAGAUCGACCGCUACGCUACAGAGGGUGUGAACAAGCUGCUGGUGGGCAACAAAAGUGAUAUGUCGGACAAGAAAGUGGUGGAGUAUACGGUUGCGAAGGAGUUCGCCGACAGCCUUGGCAUUCCCUUCCUAGAAACAUCAGCCAAGAACGCUUCAAAUGUCGAACAAGCCUUCUUGACCAUGGCGCGACAGAUUAAAGAGCGAAUGGGUACCACAACCGUCAACAACAAGCCCACCGUCCAAGUCGGACAAGGUCAGGGAGUGCAAUCGGGUUCGGCCGGCGGGUGUUGUUAG